UCGGGUGUCAGACUUAAAUGGUAUAUCUAAUGGUCGCCUCAGUUCUAAUAAUAUUUGGUGUAGUAGCUUUGAUGUCGCGAUUUGAUUGGAGAUCUCAUUUCGUUGUGCUACUGUUGGCUGUGUUUAUUACCAAAAGGGAAACUGCACACUGGUUUUACAUGGGAAAUGCGGCCAGUAUUUCACGAAAGGAACACAAAACUGAUUCUCGUGAUGAUUCUAUCGGAUCAAGGUUGAACGAGGACUUAAUUCCAGUGAAGCUCAGACUUCUAAAAUUCGCUGUUGAAAGAGAUCCGUUUGAAACAUGGUUUUUUAAAAACCGAUUUAAGUCCAAAGCAGACUUGCUCAUAGUUUCCAAACCUUGGGACAGCGGCGUAUUCCAACGAAAAGGCACCACAAAUCGCCUCAAAGAUGUAAUCCUACGAUCACUGGAGGGUGAGAACAUUAACAUCGCUAUCAUGGGUGGGUCAAUUUCUGCAGGUGCCGGUCUGACAAAUGAUGGUGAAGACCUACGAGGCCUCUAUUACCGAGUUUUAAGUGACUGGUGGCGCAAAACAGUGCAGCCACUCACAGGGUCUGACUUGAAACUUAACAAUCUCGCUAUUGGUGGAACCAGCAGCAAUUUUUAUGCUUUUUGUUACAGUGUUUUUUUGAACCCUAAAACUGACAUGGAUCUUGUGUUUCUUGACUUCACCGUGAAUGACUAUGUUCAGUUUAAAGACUCCAUGUUUCCAAUGGCUCUGCCACUGGAACAACUUACUAGGGAAGUUUUAAGCGAAGGAAGUUCUCCCGCCGUGAUGUUCGUCAACUUUGUUCAAGGCGAUCUUAGACGUCCAAAAUGUGACAAUUUGGAGAACCACGGCCAGACACUUCUCGCUAAACACUAUGGAAUAACAACGUUUAGCUUGAGAAAGUUGCUAUGUUCAGGUUUUGCAGGAAAACGGAAAAAGCUUUCCAAAAUGUUUGCAACUGACGGCAAUCACAUCAGCAUUAUAGGCCAUGCUCAAAUGGCAUUUAUGAUGAUAACCCAUGUGCGGCAAUUAAUUCUUAAUGUGCUCGAAAGCUUAAUCACAACCAAAAAAGUGAAAGUAACUAUUGAAAAAAUGUCACUUCCAUCAAUUGGCGAUAGGAUAAUAUUACCAGACUGUCCUCUAAAAUUUAGAAAUCUUCCAGAAACCUUGUUCAUGAGUUACCGUCAAAAUCUGCGGGAACGCCCCAGGUGUUUCACUCAAAUAACACCCGACUGUACAAGAAACAUCACAGCACAUCAAAGUCUGCAAGUAAAAGCAAUCGGAAAUUUUGGAUUUGAGGAGUUUCAGAAAAUAGCUAUCAACAAUGUAGUAUUACCUAAUGCCACAUGUGAAGUUAAGCAAUUUGGUGAAAUGCAGACUCACAGAACAGAUGCUUAUGGCGGGUGGAAGUCCAAGUCUAAAAACUCAAUGCUGGAAUUAGAAAUACUUAUACCAAUCACGUCUCUCUCAAGGCAGUGCAUUAUGGACGCUGCAACUCAGACAAGAAAGGUGGCAAUAGCUGUUCGAACGCACGGCAACGGUGGACAGGCAAAAGUGUGGUUAAAUGAACAUGAAGAAAGAGGAAUUUUAGUCACCACUUAUUCACUGUUUGGCCACACUAAACUAUACACUAUUGCCAGUCACGUAAUGCCCGGGCGGCAUGUGAUUAGUAUCAGAACAGAAACCCCAGGGGUGUUCAUUUUAUCGGGUGUUAUGGCUGGACCGACUUACAAAUGACACAUUCCUGAGAUGAUUAUUUUGAUAGAUCAUAUGGAAAUUGGGCUAAUAAACGGGGUCUUGCUAAAAGCAGACCUGCCGCCUUUUAAAAAAGCCUAAGAGCUCGCAGUCCGUAGUCGAUUGCCCUGCUACCUUGUUCAACAAAGGUCAUCGUCGCCUACAAUGCAAUGCAAAUGAUGGUGAGUUCUUAUGGUACUUUGAUAAUAUCAGUUCCGCAGUUUGGUGAGGUGACGCUGACCUUUAUUUGGCACGCGAACACAACGGAGGCUUAAGGCAGUGGGCUAUGAGGUUAGCCGUGGGCUGCGGGUGCGACUGACUUAGCCUAGCGAGACUAAAUUUAGUUGAAAUUGCCCAGAAUAUAUUUCUCUGGAGGAUAUCUUGAUAUGAUAGCAAUGUCAUUAACCUGAGUGUGAAAAUAUCUGUGGCGAUUAACAAUGACUGAAGAUCGCUUAGUGUGAUAAACACCUGUAACAUCGACAAGUGAUCUUCACCCGUCUACUGCAGUUGAAGUCAUCGUC